ACGCCCACACCCAAGCACUCUCGCUCUCCUCCUCUCUCUUUUCGCGGAGCCGGGGGAGAAACCGGGAAGGGAAGAAUGAGGAAGAGGUCCGCUGCGCCGCGCGCCUCCUCUCAGCGAAUGCGGGUUUGCUGAUGAAGCGCCGCUCCGGUCAUCCGAUCAUACAGGUCACUCAGGUCGCGCUGCAUGGAAACGAGGAGUAGGCAAGAAGAGCGAAAGAUAAGGGCAGCAAAUAAGGGGUGGGGGAAAAAGAAACCCCAGUGUGCAUGGGAAUUCGGACUACUCUUCCCUCCCUUUGUGCGUCUCGGUGGUUGGAUACGCUGUCUUGACUAGCGUAUAAGAGCUGCCUGAGUCUCCAUUACCGUUCCCCACUACGGGCUUUACCUCCGCCACCACUCCUCCUCCACCGCCUCCUGCUUUUACUCCUUCGACUUGCUCGCAUCGCAGAAGAGCCGUUUUACUACUUAACUGCGAACCGUCAACUCCGGAUCGAGAAGAGACAGCGGUAAGCAGACAAGUCCAUCGAUGUAACCAGAGGGUGAUUUCUAAAUGCCUCCAGCAGUUGUCCGUCCUGGUCUUCAGCGGCUGUUGAUCCAUGAUGAAACAUGACAUUUGUAGGCGAGCGUGGACUUGCAUGCAUCAAAAACAACUGAGGAGCAAGAUUGCCUCUGUGGUGAAAAGGGAUGCUGGUUUUCAUUUUGUGGCGGCGGUUUUCUACCUCAGUGCGUCGGUGGUGUUAGCCUACAUCACCAUUGUGAUAGGGAACGUUUCAACAGUUGGUAUAGACGUACUGAAGACCUACCGACUUGACAUUUCUGCAGUGGUGACGUCCCAUGUGGCUACUCUCCUCUACUUCCUCCACGCCAUUUUCUCUGCCAUCCGAUGGAAGAGAGCCUGAAGCACAACCUGAACCCCUCCGGACGUCAAACACAAGAAGAGGCGCAGAAUAAUAAUGAAAUAUGUGAUGCAUUUUUGUUUUUCUGUUUUGUUAAAGCAAAUGGCUAAAAAAAAAAAAAAAAAAAAACUAAAUUGAUGGAACCCAUUAUGCACAAUAUAAGUUACUGUUUUGAUACGAUAAGCAGCCAUUUAGACUAGGUUUGUGUGAGAUAAACCGGAGUGACACUGCUGAUAUAAGUACGUAAAAAAUGUCAUUCUUUUGGAAAAAUGCAUUCAUUCAGACAGUCUGUGUUGUUUAACAAAUAGGGGGGAAAAAAAGAUUUUCAAUGUUUUCAUUCCAUCUAACAUUUCAUGGCAUUUGACCUUCACAAAGCAGCUUUUUUACAGCAGCAGAAACCUUUAAAACUAAACCAGAUACAAUUUUAUCAUUCACUCCAGAUGUUUUGACGUUGCUUUUCUUUUCUUUUUUUUUUUUUUUUUAUGAAAGCAAGAAAGUUACUUUUCAGGUAUUUGCCUUAUUAUUUCAUUAACUGGACAUCUAACACUCUAAAUCUGUGACACAGGGGUACCAGAACAACAUAAAGGUCAAAUCAAGGAAAAUUCUAAUAAAUUACUACUAUUAUUACUACUACUACUAAUACUACUACUAAUAAUAACAAUAGUAAUAAUAAUGACAAAAUAAAUUAGAGUCAAAUUGCAGUGGUCAAAACUUCUGUGUUUUUGUUUUUGUUUCUUUUUUUUAGAAAAAAAUAAACAAAGUUUGAUGUCUGACACAUUUCAUAAUCUAUUUCACAUCCGUCACGGUCAAGUCGACUGUGUUUGCUCUUUUUGUCUGUUUUCUUAACAUUUUAAAUGAGAAAAUCAUAAAACGAAUAAAUAAAAAUGAAAUAAAAAAAAUGAAGAGAUUAGUUUUUGAUUCACUUUUUUUAUUCCGUUCCUAGAGAACAAUCGGUGUGGUUUCCCAUUCUUAUGCGCUGUGCUGUGGAAUAAACGUUGAGAUUUUGAGAUUGUAAAUAAAUGAUUUCACUUUACAGGCAUGUUGAUAAUCCUUGUCACAAAAAUAAAUAGAUUGGAAAUUAGAAUAUCUGUUGGUCUGCUGAUUAAAUGAAAUUUAAAAA